AAGUUUGGUUUAUAAUGAUUUAUUUUAUUCUCACAUGAAAUCAUGAAAAUAAUGCCAACAAGUGAUUGCAAAAGUCACAGCCAUACAAAUAAUUAAAUUUUUGAGCAAAAUCUGUAACUAAGCAUAAUUUUUCAGAGUAUUUUUCCAAACAUUAUUUAUUUCGAAAUAAUACCUAAAUUGUUAUUGCGCUAGAACUAGCCACACUUCCUUCUUCGAUUAUGUUUGCCAGAAACGAAAACAAAAGUAAAAAACGAAACGAAAAUAAAAACAAAAACAAAAGUAUUGCAAUCUGGCAGAAUGGUUCGGUCGUUUAGAAAACGUAAAGCUGCCCGGCAGCGUGAAAUUAAUAAGAAAAUUAAACGUGAAAUAGUAGAUCCCCUGGCGUGGACAUUUGAAGAUCCAUGGGGAAGUGUUAUUCGUGGACGGUGUGACAGUUCCGAUGAUGUGGAAGGGAAUGGAGGAGCCAAAUGUGUGGAGGACAUAAAUCAACCAGUGUCAAGCAUCGGAGACGAAACUCCCUCUGGUUCUUCUAUUGCAUUUACUUUGGAUAUACCUGCUGCUUCUGUUAGUGAUGUGCCUGAACUACCUAUCCUCGAUACGACAAUAUUGCCGCAAUAUGGUCUAAACGUGAGAGUCCACAGUGAAAUUCCUCUUCAGCUACCGGAGCAACAAUACAUGGUUCCUGAUUUGAACACUGGUCGAUUAGAUGUUGGGUUACCGGAGGAAUUGCUGCUGUCGCCUGGAUCAUUGGCAGUAAAUGAAAUGCGAAUCCCAAGUGCAGCCGGCAACAUACCGAUGCAGACGAACAAAUUUGGAAUACGUCAGUCCAUCUGCGACAUGAGUGGUCAAUCUCUGCUAGUCCCUGAAACAAUCCUUGGGUUUGAAAAACCGCUGCUUGAUUCUGGUCUAUCGACAAUCGCGACAUCUUCUUUCUUCCCGCCUGAAGAAAUUACGUUUCCGUACCAAGAACAAGUUUCAAAUGCACUAGACAAGAUGCCGAAUGAAAUAAUAGUUGACGAAUCAGCACAAACUUCGGAAAAUAUGUCGCCGCACCAAAACCAGUACCGCACUCAAUGCAUGUCGUCCCGAGCCAUUACUCUCUCUAGGACGAGCACGAUGAUAUUUGAAAUCCCUGGUAUACCAGCAGGGACAAUGUGUGACGUAGAUCAAGAUUGCUACUGCACGGCGUGCAUGAAGUGGACCACUGUGGAUCCGGCUAUUGGUAAAAAUGUUACGAAAUCAAGUUCAACUGACGAGACGUCGAUUGAAGCUGAAGCAAUGAAGAAUAUUUUCAAUAAACUUCAACGCAUCAAGGCAACUCACAGAUUCAUCCACAAAACCGGCGAUGUCACAUUACGGCCUGGAAUAAAAGGGCUGCGAAAGGCGUCCAAGCGUGUUUUUAGAAAAAGGUACCAAGCUAUUGAUGCUGAUGCAUAUUCGAAGGUGACAAUACCACACGAAAAACGGAUACACGGUCGUCGGGUAGUUGACAUCGAUUAUUUCAUCAAAUGGAUCACAUUGGCUCAGGCCACUCAUUCACAGACAUGUGUGGGAGUUUUGUGCCCAUUCCAAGAAAAUUUCAAAUCUAUGGUCUCUUCUAUAUAUUUGGAAUGCAACGUGUGUGGUGAAAUGGUGAAAGGGUCAUCUGAACAGCCUACCUCGAAGAACCGCCUUCGGCGUAACAUGAGCUGGGCCAUUUUGUGCAGUGGAGGUACCUACACUCAAGCAAAAGAGCUCUUUUCCUUCCUAAACAUGCCGUUCAUGUCGCGUGAUGCAUUCGCCAAAGAUGAAAUUGCUAUGGACAGCGUUCUUCAAGUUGCUUUGGAUGAGUCCUUAGACCGGGCCGUCGAAGCAGAAAAAGCAGCUGUAUUGGAAGAAAUGGCACAAAAAGGAACAACCCCUCCAACUGAAAAGUAUGUUAAAUCAUGCGCAGCUUUAGAUGGCUCGUGGGGACAGCGCAGCAACGGCCAUCGAUACAAUUCUGCGUCUGGAUGCGCUGCUAUUAUUGCAACACGUACUAAAAAAGUGUGUUAUGUCGGAUGUAAAAACAAGCGAUGCAUUGCUUGCAACAUCAAUAUGACCAGGGUGAAGAACAACCAGCCUAUACGAGAACACAAGUGCUACCGAAAUUAUAAAGGUGCUUCCGGAGGGAUGGAGCCGGCCAUUAUUAUCGAUGGUUUUGAGGUUCUUAGGCAUAAAGGAUUGAAAUUCACUACAGUAGUAACUGAUGGUGAUUCCACCACAGUCGCUCGCUUGAAGAACAGUUGCAAAUAUGGACCCGAAAUACGUCAUCAGUUGUGCUGCAACCACGUUAUGAAGAAUUUAGGAAAAAGUUGCGAGAGCAAAUUCUUCACCGAAAAGAAUCAGCUCUCCUCACCAGGAUGCACAACAUAUAGCACUUUGGAAGCCCCGGAACCUCCCAUUGCAGUCGAGACCUUCCAGCCAGCGCUCAUCAGUCAUCCUGGUCCUGCGUAUGGGUCCGGUAUAAGGGGCUUCCAGCCUGUGCAAUCAGGCAAGUAUUACUCGAUUAUGAACACUGCUCGCUCUGAAGACAUUUCCUCCCGCAGCUCCAAUAUCACCGAUUUGGCUUCAAUUUCCCACCACCCAGGACGUAAGACAGAAAGCACUUUGGAAGCCCUAGAGCCCCCCAUCACAGUCGCGACAAUGAAGCCAACGUACAUCAGCCGUCCUGGUCCUGUGUUUGGGUCAGGCAUAUGGGGCUUCCAGCUCGCGUUGCCAGGCAAGUACGAUCUAAUCAAGGACACCGCUCGCUCUGAAGACAUUUCCUCAACAGCUCAACAACCGGGACGCCUGAUAAUAAGUCCUUUGGAAGUCCUGACCAUCCAGCCAGCGUUCAACAGUCGUCCUGGUCCUGUGAAUGGGUCAGGUGGUAGGGGCUUCCACCCUGCAGAAUCUGGCAAGUACGAUUUGAAUGAGAACACUGCCCACCCUGAAAACAUAUCCUUACCCAGCAGUACUUGCAUCUUCAACUCAACACGUCGCAACACCACCGAAGCUCGUCAUCCACGGCGCGCAAUCUUCUCCCAUGAAAAUAAUGCAACAACUACCGCAAACGUUUUGCUGUACUACAAAAACGUUGGUGGAAUCAACAGUUCACUUGCCGUUUAUAAGUUGGCAGUCAGCGUUGGGUGUUACGACAUUUAUGCUUUUUCCGAAACUUGGCUCAACGAGAAAACCACAUCGAAUUUGUUAUUUGAUACAUCAUACUCCGUGUACAGACAAGAUCGCUCGCCGUCAAAUAGCCGUAAACUCACCGGGGCGGCGUCCUGCUAG